UUCAUAUAUACCACACAAACUGCAUUACAGGUCUCUCAUUACCCAUGCUCUGAGAUUUUUUUUUGGGAAAUCUGAAAUUGUUUUUCGAGUGAAUUUGAAGAAGUGGAGAUGGACGCUAGCUCAUCAGCGAAUCCAACAACCCUUAAGAGAAAAGGCAAAACUUCAGAGAGGGAGAUGGGUAUCUUUGCUGUGCAAUGUGAGGAGUGCCACAAGUGGAGGCAGAUUGAUACGCAAGAAGCAUACGAACAAAUAAGACGUAGACUACUCGAGGACCAGUUUGUGUGUAUGCAGAAAGAGGGUACUACCUGUGAAGAUGCUGGAGACCUUGUGUACGACUCCUCCAGAGUAUGGUCCGUUGACAAGCGUGGCUUGCCUGAGACACCAAGAGGGUUCAGGAGGAGCUUAGUUAUGAGAAAGGACUACUCGAAAGUUGAUGCUUACUACGUAACUCCUACUGGGAAGAAGUUGAAGAUGUACUCUGAGAUUGAAGACUUCCUUAAGGCCACUGAUCCGGAUUAUGAUAGUAGAAUGCUUGAAGUUUUUAGCUUUACAGUCCCAAAAAUAAUGGAAAAAACUGUCCCCAAGCGAACCAAAGAGUAGAGAGAAUGAGAGCAGUUCAGAGACAGAGCCACUUACAGUCUCUAUGACCAUGAACUAGAAAUUCUGGAACUAAAAACUUCUUUGUGUUAUGAAUUAUUGUCUCUUGUCUUGUGUAUUAAGAUUUGAACCCUUUAUGGAAUUUUUGUCUUAUUAUUUUC